ACCGCCUGUGUCAUAGCAACCGGGGAGAGCAACAUGGCAAAAGCAACCACCAUAAAAGAAGCACUUGUAAAAUGGGAGGCAAACGCGGGACAGAAAGUUGGUGAGGCCAAAGCAGUCAAACUCUACGGACAGAUCCCUCCUAUUGAAAAGAUGGAUGCAUCCUUGUCAACAUUGGUAAACUGCGAGAAGCUGUCGCUCUCCACAAACUGCAUUGAAAAGAUUGCAAACCUCAACGGACUCAAAAAUCUACGAAUCUUGUCUUUAGGACGGAACAACAUAAAGAAUUUAAAUGGACUGGAGGCGGUUGGGGAGACCUUAGAGGAGCUUUGGAUUUCCUACAACCUGAUCGAGAAGCUGAAAGGGAUCCAUGUGAUGAAGAAGCUGAAGGUCCUCUACAUGUCCAACAACCUCGUCAAGGACUGGGGUGAGUUUGUGAAGCUGGCAGACCUCCCUUCUCUGGCAGACCUGGUGUUUGUAGGAAACCCCAUAGAAGAGAAAUAUUCCAGCGAGGGCAGCUGGCUAGAAGAAGCAACCAAGAGACUUCCCAAAUUAAAGAAACUUGAUGGAAACCCAGUUAUCAAACAAGAUGAUGAGGAAGGUGAAGGAGAAAGCUAACAAGAAUGAUGUUUUUGCAAAAAGAAAGAUGUUUACUUAUGUUUGAGAUGUUUUAAUGUUUUAGUGUUCCACCUCCCAGCACCAGCAUAUUAUAAAAAAAAACACCCCAUACUUAUCUACAUUUAUAGAUAUUUGUAUUUAUUACUUCUAUAUAUUCAACUGCACAAGUCCCACACGACACAGCUCCUCCACUCAGAGCUCAGUUCUGCUCCAAUAGGAUAUAAUGUUAAUCCUGCUUAAGAGAGGAUCUUUUCCUCAAACACAGUCAGCAGGAUUUGGGUGAUCCAGACUGGAGCCAUUUAGAAUAAUAUAAACAGCUCUUUGUUGUCGACAACAGGACAUGUUUUACUAAGAACAGACAAAAUCUAUAAUGCGUUAUUUUUGGCCUACUUCACAUUAGUCAAAGCACAUGUCUGAUUUUGCAGUGGCUAACACGUAAGGACCAGUUAUACAGGCUCAGAUUUAAUACUGUUUUCUGAAAUGAAGGACCACAAACACAAAAAACUUAUUAUAUACUAAAUAACACAGUGUUUGUUGGGGGGUUACCAGUGCGUUACCCACGAUGGACCUUCAAAGGGAAGGGAGUAUUGUUGAUCACUUGGAGUAACCCCAGGACUCUGGAAUCCUGGUCUGCAAAGGGGGAACUCCUCGCCUGCAGACACGCAGCACAACAAUCUAAACCUGUUCUUCCUGUAACCGAACAAACUAAAUGCAAUAGAAAUUAUAUGUUUACCUUAUAGACUGAAGAAUAUAAUAUUUGUAAAGUGAUUUUCACUGUCUUGUAUUAAAUUAUUAGAAGAAAAAGAUUGUACAGAUAAAUGUAUAUGUUACUUUGUUAGAGUGGUCUAUGUUUCC